AUGUCUUGCUCGGCCAUCUUUAUCCUCGAUCUCAAAGGAAAUGUUAUCGUGUCAAGAAAUUACCGAGGAGAUGUGGAGAUGUCGUGCAUCGAGCGGUUCAUGCCACUCCUCGUGGAGAAAGAAGAUGAAGGUCUUCACUCUCCAGUGUUUCACUCUGGCGAAAUAAGCUACACAUUUAUUAAGCACAUGAAUCUCUAUCUCGUGAGCAUAUCGAAGAAGAACAUGAACGCUGCGUUGGUACUUUCGUAUCUUUACAAAUGUGUAGAGGUGUUUUGCGAAUAUUUCAAAGAUUUGGAGGAGGAAUCGGUCCGAGAUAAUUUUGUUGUGAUUUACGAGCUGUUCGACGAAAUGAUGGACUUUGGCUAUCCACAGACAACAGAGAGUCGAAUACUGCAGGAAUACAUCACGCAGGAGGGACACCGCCUCGAAAUCGCUCCGCGUCCCCCGAUGGCAGUCACAAACGCUGUGUCAUGGCGGUCAGAUGGCAUUAAGUAUAGGAAGAACGAGGUUUUCUUGGACGUAAUUGAGAGUGUUAACAUGUUGGCUAAUGCUUCGGGCACCGUACUUCGUAGUGAAAUCAUUGGUUCGAUUCGAAUGAAAGUAGUUCUGAGCGGAAUGCCGGAGUUGCGACUCGGUCUUAACGAUAAGGUCAUUUUUGAACAAGCAUCCGCUGGCUCACGAGGCGUCGAACUAGAAGACGUGAAAUUUCACCAAUGUGUCAGACUGUCGCGCUUUGAAGCCGAACGCACGAUUUCAUUCAUUCCACCAGAUGGGGAAUUUGAACUGAUGAGCUAUCGUCUUACAACUCAGGUGAAACCAUUAAUUUGGGUUGAAGCAGUUGUGGAGAAGCACACGCACUCUCGUGUGGAAUACAUGGUUAAGGCGAAAUCUCAGUUCAAACGACAGUCAAUAGCCAACCAUGUCGAAGUAGUUAUCCCAGUACCAUCUGAUGCAGAUUCGCCGAAAUUCAAGACAAGCGUAGGAUCAGUGAAAUACGUGCCUGAGCUGAAUGCCUUUGUGUGGACAAUUCGCAGUUUCCCAGGUGGACGUGAAUAUCUGAUGCGUGCACAUUUCUCACUGCCUUCUAUUGUGAGCGAAGAGGUAGAAGGCAAGCCACCGAUUCAAGUGAAAUUCGAAAUUCCUUAUUACACUACAAGUGGUCUCCAGGUACGUUAUUUGAAAAUUAUCGAGAAAAGUGGAUAUCAAGCGAUGCCUUGGGUACGUUACGUGACGCAGAACGGCGAUUAUCAACUGAGAAUGACAUAA